UGCAUUAAGAAAAGAGCUAUUGAUCUAAUUCACCUUAGACUUAAAUUACAAUUCAAUUUUAAGGAUACAGUCCAUAAUCUGUAAUGUAUUUCAAAUGAUUUUGCAAUCAACUCUAAUCUUAAUUCCAAAGUAGAUUUUAUUUUCAAAUCCAUUUUCCUUCACAACAUCAAAGAAUCAAGAUGAUAAAGCCUAAAUCUCUGUCUCCCUGUUCUUGGCGGAAGAUUCUCUCCCUAUAUUCAGUCCUUUUCAGCCGUCAGAUCCAGAGAAACCUCAUUGUCCCCUCCCCUCCCCUUCGCUAGUCUACAUAUAUUUAUUUCCCCUCCUUCCCCUCAUACAAAAGUAUUAGUUACAACAAGUAACCGGAAAAAAGAAGCUCAAUUUACUUGCCCUAGUGUCAUUUUUCGGCCACUUCUCCGGUCCGUUAAGAUGGCUUUGAUGAUAAACAGUAACAAAGCAUAGAAGCUUGUCUAGCCGCACUGCAGCAGACAUUUUUGAGUUUUCUGCUACUGGUAAAUGGGCUGUUUCCACUCGAAAGUGAUUAAGCAAGUCCCUGGACACGAAGACCCUGUAAUUCUUGCUUCACAAACAGCUUGCAAGUAGUGCUUAUGCAACUUAUCUCUUCGUCUUUAUUUGUGCCCCUCAAUCUAUAUGGUACAAACUUUCAUGCUUUGGACAUUGUAGAUUACGAUAUCCUCUGUUUAUAGGUUAUGGAUUGACUAUUUAGGGGAGAGCAAAUAUUUUCACCGAUGUUUAUUUAUUCUCCUUUUACUUGUGGGGUAGAAUUUAUGGUCUUAACUUUUUUACUUAAUUUUAGUUAGAAUAUUAUAUUGAGGUCAUCAAAUUGUCAUAAUUUAGAUAAUUUAGAUAUUUUAAGAUUUUAGUUGAUAAGCCAAUAUGUUUUAAUCAUCUGCUGAGACGACUGGAUAAUAGUCUUUAAGAUGCUGCAUUGAAUUCAAGGGAUUCUUAGGGUUUUUUUUUUUAGUAGACUUCAAGACUAUAAUUUGGAGGAGGUAAAAGUGAGAGGACAACACAGUUAGGAGGCAGAGGUGGAGUGUAGCACAAGUCCCAUUUGUUUGUUGAUUAUUCAAUAGGGAUGGGGGGAUGCGAUCUCCUGCCCUGAAACUGAGGUGCCAAUCACUUGAACUAGUCGUGCUCCUCACCAAUGGUGAUGGUACUGCCCUUUCAUUUGGAGGGGAAGACAGAAAAAGCAGGAUGCAAAUUCUUAUGGGUUAGUAAGCCUCAUAGCCCGCAAAAUGGACAGAUUAGGUUGUCCAAGAAACUUGUUUCCUGGAGUUACUGCACUUAAUUUAUGAACUGUGCCAAGGAAGAGUUUCAGUUAGCUCUGUUUAAGAACAGGAACAAAGAGAAUCUGUUUGCAAAUCGGAUAUUUGAUCUUUUUGAUGUUAAGCAAAAGGGAGUAAUUGAUUUUGGUGACUUUGUCCGAUCACUCAAUGUCUUCCAUCCUAAUGCCCCCCAAGAAGACAAGAUUGAUUUUACAUUUAAACUCUAUGAUAUGGACUGUACGGGGUGUAUUGAGCGACAUGAGGUAAAGCAGAUGUUAAUUGCACUGCUAUGUGAAUCUGAGAUGAAGUUGGCUGACGAAACCGUUGAGGCAAUACUUGAUAAGACGUUCUUGGAUGCUGAUGUUAAUCAGGAUGGAAAGAUAGAUAGAAGUGAGUGGCAGAACUUAGUUUCCCGGAAUCCAUCAUUACUGAAAAUUAUGACCCUUCCUUAUCUCAGGGACAUAACGACAACGUUUCCAAGCUUUGUUUUCAAUUCAGAGGUCGAAGAGGUUGCAACCUAGAAAAAUUCAAGUCAUGCUUAGUGAAUAUAUGUGAUUGUUGAAAGGCAAUUUGCCGAUGAUUUUUUUUUGGAUGUUUGGCAUAGCUGUCUACAUCAAUUAGGGUAGCAGCUGCAUAUAAUUAGGAAUGUUAGUCCACUGUAUAUUCAUUCUAAUACUUUUUGCCAGUUUUUCUAAUCUUAAAUUCUCUUUUCUAGUCAACGCAAUAGCUGCUUCACA